UGUACAAUUGUUUACCAAAUCCAAGCCCCAACGGAUGCUGCGCGGACGAAAAACGAAACAGCCCCAAAAACAUCGAGCAAAUCGAACAGCCGACAACACACAGAGCGGAGGUCCACCCAAAAUCGCGACAUUUGUGCCAAAAAUAAAACCCACAACCAAACAUCCAAAAACCAAAUCUGUGACAGUUUUUUUUUUGAGUGUUUGUGCGAGAGAAGUGCGAAUCGAGAUCUGCCCAAAGAGCGAAUCGUAUAGGGACAAAUAGCCAUGCGGUCAUCGGCGGUAGCCAAAGCCAACGCCGCCACGUGCAAGCGGCGUGCCCGUCAGCAGCAGCAGCAGCAGCAGCAGGAGCAGGAGCAGCAUAAGCAGCAGCAGGACACCCAACAGCAUUAGUGUAAAUAUGCGUGUUUCAUACAAUUUGUGCACAUAAAUCACACAAUAAAUCAUAAACCAAAACCAAAAGCAAAACGAACGUAACGAAAGUGAAAGAGCGAUUCCGAUUCCGUUAGCUCUGCCAUUGUUAUCCACCCAGAGCCAGGAGAGGCAGAGAGAAACCGUUAACCAACAGUUGGCAGCGUCGCACUUGAGUGCUCGUUGCCGCCCCCCGCAAAGCAUCCGGCGACAUCCAGCGGUGUCCUCGCUCGCGCCCGCUUUGUGCCACAUGCCACCAGUGCAGAAAUAAGGAAACAACAGCAGCAGCAACAUUUCCGAGCAACAUAAAGCCCUGCCCCACCCGGAGAUCUGCCUGAUGUCUGAUGCCUGAUGCCUGAUGCCCGACGCAGGGCGGAAGCGACAACAUUUUAUGACGGUCACAAAAUACACAGCGGAGCCUCGAACGGUUAACGCUUAAACGGUAAACGGUAAACGGUGCAGCGUUCCAGGGAGCGACAGGAGGAUGCAAAUUAUGUGCCACAUGAAGCGUCAAAGCGUUUGAUUUCAUUGCAACAGCAACAGCAACAGCGACAGCAACAGGAGCAGAGUCCAAAAUCAAAUUCAAAUUCCCAAGCACAGUCGCUGAUUGAUUGACUGAUUGACUGAUUGAGUGAUUGAGUGACCAAGCCGCAGGCAGGCAGGCAGGCAAAACCCAGCAAAGAUUCAGCGCUCAGCGAUUAAAUCGGCGCCAAUUCCGAUGGCGGCCUUUCUCGGCAACGACAUCAGCAGCGGCAGCCCCGGCAGCGGCAGCGGCGGCGGCGGCGGCCUGCGAAGCGGUGCCACAGCAGCCGCAGCUGCCACAGCAGCACUCAAUGGCGGUGGCCGUGGCCGUGGUCGCCAGGGAGGAGGUGAAGCGAAUGGCGGCACGGGCAGUGCAGCGAACUCCGGGCCAUCGUCCAAGUCGGAGAAGCAGGACGACAGCGAGGAGGGCGGCAUCGGCAUCCUCUGCGGCUGCGGCAACAGGGCGCCCAAGUCCCACUGCAUAUCCGCAACAGGUGUCCUGCUGCUGGUGCUGCUGUACACCGCCAUGGGGUCGAUCAUCUUCGUGACCCUCGAGGGCGAGCUGGAGGACGGCAGUGCCGUGGAGACAGCUGUGGCCGCCUCCAAGCCAUAUCCGCGCACUGAACUGGCCAACGCCGAGAUACGCUCCAGAACUGUCGAUCGCUUGUGGUCGAUAACGGAGGAUCUCAAUAUCCUGUACAAGGAGAACUGGACUCGUCUCGCCGCCCAGGAGGUGCAGCUGUUUCAGGACACACUGCUGCGGGCCGUUCGCCAGUCAAAGGUUUAUCCACCAGGCGGCAUCCAGCUGAACGCACCGACCCACAAGUGGACCUAUGCCUCGGCCUUCCUCUACUCCAUGACAUUAAUUACAACGAUAGGCUAUGGCGGCGUCUCGCCUCGCACCCAGUGGGGCCGCAUUGCUGCUUUGAUUUACGCGCUCCUCGGCAUACCCAUAAUCCUGCUCUACUUGUCGGCCAUGGGCGAUGCCCUGUCCACCGGCAUGCGCUGCCUGUUCCGCCGCCAGGGUGCCGAGAAGGGCGCUGCCGGCGAGGGCGAUGGCGGCGACAGGGAUGGCAGCGGCACCAGUGGAAAUGGACGCAAAUCGGACAAGAAGAAGGGCCAGAAGGGCCACUACCAUGGAGGAGUUGGUGCUGGCGGUGGUGCCAGCAACAUGCACUACGGCAUGCCGCAAACCGUCUACCAGCAACAGCAACAGCAGCAGCAGCAGCAGCAGGAAAAGAAGAGCUCUGAGUCGGAAAAUGAACAUGGAAACGGGGCUCGGGGCUCUGCCAGUGUGCCCAUAUCGAUUUGCGUGUGCGUGAUGGUGUGCUAUGUGACCAGCGGGGCCAUACUCUUCCACCGGCUGCAGAACUGGAGCGUGCUGGAGUCGCUGUACUUCUGCUUCACGUCGCUGGGCACCAUCGGGUUCGGGGAGCUGGCACCCCGGGGCACGCUGGCCCUGUACAUGGCCUCCGCCUACAUACUGGUGGGCAUGGCCGUGGUGGCCAUGUGCUUCAACCUGAUCCAGGCCGAGAUUGUCCACUGGCUGCGCAAGUUCAGCGUGCAGGACCACGUGACGCCCAAGCCCGAGGAGGUGACCCUCGUGUCGGUGUCCGUCACCCCGAAGCCCUCCUGACAACGACCCAGCGCGGACCUGCUGGGCGGCGUCGCCGGCGGUCCCAGCACCUCCUCCGGCCUGGGCGUGGUAGGCCACCAGCCACCCAACAGCCUGGCCCAGCACCAGACCAUGUUCUUCGGCCCGGCCCACACCCUCACCCAGUACAGCUCGCUGCCCCGCCGCAGCCACAUGCACGGCGCGGGAGCCUCGUCCUCGGGCGCUGCCUUCCAGCGCAACACGCCCAUCCGCCGCUCCACCGGCAUCCCGGAGCACCACAUGGAGUACUUUGUGCCGCGCAGCAUCAGCGAGUUCAAUCUGUCGGGCGUCGGCGAUCUGGCCCUGCCCCCGCCGCGGCGCUACUCCCCCAACAUGGGCAUGGGCAUGGGCAUGGGCAUGGGCAUGGGCAUGGGACUGCCGCACGGCCUGCAACUGGGACCACCGCAGACACUCCUCUGUGGCGGUGGCCCACAGCAGCAGCAGCAGCAGCAGCAGCAACCACCGCCACCGCCGGCCCAGCUGCAGAUAGUCACGUUGAAGCCGCGCAGCGAGAAGAUGGUCACCUUUGAGGAUGAGUCCAAGCAGCAGCAACCGCCACCGCCGCCAUCCAUUGUCUCCUCCGGCGUGAACUCGGUGUCGGCAGCGUCGAGCACACAUUGUCCCCACGGGGUGCCGACAACGCCGCGAAAGUCCUCCGCUGUCGGCGGCCUGGGUGGCGGUGACAUUUUCAUGUGACCAGCCAGCUGACUAGCGGCAGCGUCCAGUGACUGCUCACCAGUGAGUGCUGCAUGCGUGUCCGUGUCCGUGUCCGCCUCGGAGCUGAAUGCGGCGAUGCGCCUGCGGGACAGCAUUGAUGAGGCGCUGUGCCCCAAGUCGGGCCCGGCACCAGGUGAGGUGAUACGUGUCUAAGUGAAUUAGGCCAAAGGCUCACACUGUAAGUAAUUGCACACACACACAAGCACACACAGACACGAAGCAUAGGUGCGAAAGCCAAGUGCGAAAGUGUUGCCUACAUUUGGGGGCAGCAAACGAAAGUGCGGAGGAGCGAGAAGAGAUAACAAUUUGCUGCAUCUGAAAGUUCUUCGUCGUGUUUUUUGAAUCCAUAAACAUUGAGCAAAUAUUUAUUAUUAUCUGUGUAAAUAUAGGAGGAAAAACAAAAGCGAAAAGCAUCCACACACGGGGCGGGCAGAAUAGGCAAAGUUUUUAGCAGCAGAUGAGGAGGAGGAGGAGGAGCGAUGUGGUGUGGUGUGGCAGCAGCGACUAAAUUAAAAUGAAAAUGAAAAUGAAAAUGAAAAUUCCACAUGAUAAAUGCAUAUAAAUAAACAUUUAAAUGCUGCAUGAGAGAGAGUGUUUAACGUUAAUGCCGAAGGCAUGCCAAAACCGAAAUUAAUAAAAGUAAAAUACAUCGCGAAUACCAUGAAUAAUAAGCAUUCAUAGAGGGGGGGGGGGGGGAAAGCAAACAAAAUGCAGAAUGCAAAAUGCAAAAUGACAAAUUGUAUAAAUAGCAGAGGACAAAGUUUAUUUAAGCGAUUUGUUGGCUCGUUCUCCAGUACUCGACGCUCCGUGUUUAGUUUCAUCAGGGGUUGGGGUUGGGUUUAGUGGAAAUUUAAAUUAGUUUUCCGCUCAGCGAGCGCUGUGUAACAGUUCCAUUGGAAACGCUGCAGGACCUAACGCAACGAACUGUUAUACUGUUAUACAGCUGCAGCUGGAGUCCUGUUAUACAAACUGUUAUACAUCAUUCGUAGAUGUCCCACACAAUUUUAGCUUCGAUUCGUCCCCGAAUCCCCUGCGUGCUUUUUUUUGUCGCUUUUUGUUUCAUUUUCUGCCUCGCACAGAGCCAAUUAGGUUUAAAUACUCUUUAAACACAUUUUGAUUGUAGGUAAUUGAGCGCGAGAAUUGGCAUUUGUUGCUUGUUAUUUGUUUGUGGCUGUGGCUGUGGCUGUGGCUGUCAGCCAUCAGGCACUUUUUUGUUGUAGCCCUUCAUUAAAAUAAAUAAAUGAAACUUGAGUGUACGCCCCUUAGUGUGGUCGCAGGGCGCUGCAUUUGUGGCAUUCAAUUGAAAAUAGAAACCAGCAACCAGCAACCAGCAACCAGCAACCAGAUCAAAGUCACAUAGGCUAGGCAGAGGCAUACUCGUAGAAAAAAUGAAAUCAAAAUACAAUUUAGAGGCGGAAGGGCAGGGGUUGCCUUUCAAUUAAUGGAUUAAUGGAUUGCCAGCGAAGGGCUGAGCAUCAAAGGGCAGAAACUAAUUCCAGAAUCAAUUUAUUCAUACAUAAAUACAUUUACAUAUACAUAUACAUAUACAUAUACAUCUAUGUCUAUGUAGUUAAUAACCAACUAACCAACUAACGAAGAGCAGCAGCCAUUAAGCAUAAAGCUGGCAUAAGAGCCAACGCAAAUAUUGAAUUUAAGUCCAAUGUAAUUACAUUUAGUCCACUUCAACACUCGCACACAGCAACAGCAACAGACACAGACACACUCAAGCCACAAUAUAAUUAAUAACUAUCUGAUAGAUAUGGAAAAGCUAGAGUAAAGUAAAGUAAAUACACGUGAGUGUAGGUUGUUUUUUUUUUUUGUCAAAUUCCUAGCACGGUAAGUUGAACUCUUAGGCUAACGAACACACACAAUUGAGUGUAUUGAGAUUGCAGCUAGUUCAUGUAAUCACACUUCCAGUGUUGAGCUCUCUACAUGGGUACAGCUGCGGAUGCGCGACCACCCGGGCAGGGAGCAUUCCCAUACGUAUGCACAUGUAGCCGUACACAAAACGAAACUAACUUAGCAUUGAGGCGAGGCAACUAGCAAUUAAGUAAAUACAUACCGCAGUUUGCGACAUAUACAUCUACAUCUACAUAUACAUCUACAUAUACAUAUACAAUAUACACACAAUGCAAAACCGAAA